CGGCCCAGCACUACACCCCUCUCCUCUUGAAAAUUGGUGGGAAAAUUGAAAGAAGGAAAAACCUCCACACUCACAUCGCACCUUGUCUGCUUUCCACAACAAAGCACCCGCAGCAAGCACGCAAGUAAGCAAGAAAGAAGCAAGCAAGCAAGCAUGAGCAAGCCCGACGAUCACGCCGUUGUGGGCGAUGGCCCGGCCCCACCCCCACCUGCGCCGCCCGCCUCCUCCGCCUCGCACGAGACUGCUGCCCACCUCAGUGGCUCGAUGCACUCGGAGGAGCGCCGUGGGCGCAACCCGCGCACCACCCUUUGGAUGGGCGACCUCGAGCGCGACAUGGGCGAAGCAGAGAUUAUGGACGCCUUCCAGGUCUAUGGCUUCACCCCCACACUGGUCCGCGUCAUUCAGAAAGUGACGCGCGGCAGGGAGACGUCCGCCGGCUACUGCUUCAUCAGCUUCGCCACUGUGGAGGAGGCCACCAACGCCCUCAACCACAUGAACGGGCAGCCCAUCCCGUCAACUCAGCCGACUCGGAUCUUCUACCUCAACUGGGCUUGCCAGCAGCAGACGACCCACAUCUCGUCCAUCUACGUUGGCCGCCUGCCUCCGAGCAUUGACAGCUACCAGCUGAUGAGCCACUUUCGCCAGUACUUUUCCUCCCUUCGUGGUGCCAAGGUCAUUUACGAUCGCAACGGCAGCUCUUCCAGGGGAUUUGGCUUCCUCCGCUUCGCCAGCGCUCGCGAUGCCGAGCGGUGCAUUGAGCGGUUCAACAAACGUGAGGUCUUUGGCAAGAUGAUCACACUGAGCAUUGCAUUCCCAACACGGUCAAAGAUGCGCCAGACUGAUACGCGCCGUGGUGGCGUGCCCGCUCCUCUCGACCUCCGUGGCAUGUCCAGCGGUGGCCCCAUGGGUCCUUCCAGCGCUCCCGGCAGCUACAGCCACAUGCAGUCGCCAUACGACUACGGCGUGUCGUACCAGGGUCAUGGCGGCGCCGUGGGCAACAUGCACUCGCCAUACACCCCCGUCUACAUGGCAUCUCAGCCGUGGUCGCAGUAUGGGUUUGAGAGCAGCCCCUACCCAACAGCGCAGGUGCCGGUGCAGAACACCCCACAGAUGUACCCCGUGGCCAGCUACCCUGUGCAGCCGUCGCCGAGCAGCGACAUGGGCAUGGCUGCCCUGACGGAGCAGAUGGCCCAGCAUCGCAUCAGCGGUAACAUCGCCGCCAGUCCCGUGCAUCACCCGACCAUGUUCGUCUACCCGUCCCAGCAGCAGGCCAUGGUGCGGUCCAACUUUGUGUACCACGUGCCUCAGGGUGAGGGUCAGGAGCACGCUGCCCAGGCCCAGGUGUCGGCCACCGCCGCUUCCGCCAUGUACGGCGGUGCUGUCACCGCCCAAAGCGCCAUGGCCGCCACCGCUGGCCGCAUGAUGGCCCACCCAUCCCGCCCGGCCAGCGUGGCCCACGGCAUUGCUCCAGGCGCUCGCGUGGACGGCCGCGACGGACGCUGAAGCACGAGAGCAUCAAUGCCUGCCCCGAGUGUGUCUCUCGUCAUCCCCCCGACUUCCCGGUUCCAGUGUUCCAGUGCAACUCACCUGUCUCUCCUCUACCACUCCGCAUCGUCCCACCCCCCUCGCCCCGCCGAUUGUCCCCUAUCACUCUCUGCCUUCGCCUAUCUCACCUCCGCUAGCCGAAUCAAUUUGCUGACAAAGCCUUCUCCGCUUUCGUAUGCGAACGAGUAUGAAUGAAUAUGAUGUUGUUGGGCAUUGCUGUUCAUUCACUGUUUGCUUUUCCCCCUCAUGCUUCACUUGAUUUGGUGUACGGGGUGGAGAGUUGGGGGCCAACAGGCCACAGGUAUGUUGCUGACCAUGACGAUGCCCUGAUGUCGCUUCUCUUUGCGAUUGUGUGUUGCCCACCUCGCGUGGUUGUGUACUUUCUUUCCUCCCCCCUCUCUCUCUUUCUCUUGGCGUCUGUUGAUCAAUGCGUGUGUCGUAUGUGUUGCUGCUGGUGCCGGUGCUGCUUUUCCCGUGUCGUAGUUUGAUGGAGUGUUGUUCUUUGCUUUAUUUAUGACUCUGUGUGUGUGUUUAUGUGCUUGCAACGCACCUUCGUUUUCUUCUCCUUUCACCUUCUUCUCAACUCACCCUUGCUGUCGCUGUUUGCAAUCGUUUGUUUAGUUUGUUUGGUGCGUCAUGUCAAUUGCUUUUGGUUGUUUUUGCCUUUUUGAGCCAUGCUCAGGCUCACGGUGCUUUCAACGCUUGUCCCUGCUUGGUUCCAUAUUACAUUACACUCCUUCUUGUUGCUCGCUCGCCUGUUUGUGUGUUGUCCGGUGGGACAACUCACACGAAUAAAUACGAGCAAAGGCGAA